AUGAAUAGUAAUCUUAUGAACCUGUCUGCUGAGCUUUUAUAAGCAUAAGACAUUCAGAAAUAUUUAAUAAAAGAUGUAUAUAAGUUAUAAAACCAUAUAGUUCAAUCGAACCACUCUAAAGUUAAGAUAUUUCGAAUAAGGAUAUAAUGAUGGAAGAUUAAUUUCUUUAAAUAAAGCUUAUUUAGAGAGAUAAGAUGAUGAAUUGUAUAAUGAAGAACGAAUGAGGAAGGCAAAGCCAUUAUAUAGAUUAAUGUUUGGCACCGAAUUUCAUAUCAAAGAAUUAUCAAAUAGAUUAAGAGUAUUACUAAAAGAAUUAGGAGUGCAUGUAGCAGCUUAAGAUACAAGAGGAUUGAGUGGAAAAAUAACAUUAGCAUUUGUGGAUCUCUUAGAAGAAAUUUAUAUAAUUUAUAAAUAGACUGUGAUGUAAGGAGAAGAGAGUUAAUAAUAUUUUAUGAAAAGCGUAAUGAAUGUAUUGGCUACAUAUCGAGGAUAUGAUUUUAUAAUCAUAGAACCAAAUUAUAAUGAAGUUUAGCUUUAAGUUCUUUAUUCAACAAUGUAUGAAGUGGAUAGUCAAAUAGAUAGGAUUAUGGCCUAGACUCUACAUUAAGAAGAUGAUUAAAAUAAACAAAUAAUAGAAUAUGGAACAUUUAAUGAAUUUUUAAAAAAUUAUAAAGAUGUUGUAAAUAUGGAACCAUUAAAUAUUGAAUCAAAUUGGGAAAUCUAAUUUUAAGAGGAAUAAUAAGAAUAGGAGACAAAAUAAAUUGAAGUAAUUUAAGACAGAGAAAAUAUUAAUUAUUUAUCAGAGUUUGAUAAAUAAUUUCAUCAUGUAUUAGUAAAAGCAUCACCAGAAUAUUGGUAACUAUUAGUUUUUGAUUUAUUAAAAGACUUAUGUGAUAAAACAUUAACAAAUUAAAUAUUGGAAUGUAAAUUUUAUGAUAUAUUAAAAAAUGUAAAGGCUGCAUAAUUUUUAUUGAUAUAUAGAAAAGAAAUAGUUAAAUAUUUGAGUGAGAAGAAAUUCUGGGAAGCUUAAAAUUAAUAAUAAAAACCAACACUUUAAAAUAAUGGUGUAGCCACUUCAAAUCAUCAACUACUUGCUAAAAUUGGAAUAGAUGUUUAAUAAGAAGGAAUGUUAGGAUUAAGAAAAUAAGAAUAUACAAAUUAACAAAAAGUUUAGACUACAUUUUAAGAAGGUUUAAUAGAAUUUGAUCCAGACUAAUAUGCAAAAAUGGAACAAUAAACUUUGGUUAGAUAUUUUCCAACUUCUACAAGAACAGAUAAAUUAGAAUAUUUAUACAUAAGAAUUGAUCCAUUACCUAAAAAACCAAUAAAAGAAGAUAAACUCAUUCCUAUAUAAGAACUACCAGAAUGGGCAAGAAAAGCAUUUGAUGGAACAAAUAAUCUAAAUGUUAUUCAAUCAUAAAUAUAUUCAAAAGCAUUUUUGACUGAAGAGAAUCUAUUGGUAUGUGCACCAACAGGAGCUGGUAAAACUAAUAUAGCAUUGUUGGCAAUCCUUCAUGAAAUAUCUAAGAGAGUAGAUGAAAAAGACAAAAGAUUGAAAGAUUAAGAUUUCAAGAUUGUCUACAUAUCUCCAAUGAAAGCAUUAGCUAGUGAAAUAGUUGAAAAAUUCUAAACAAAACUUAGAUAUUUGGGAGUAAGAGUUAAAGAAUUUACAGGAGAUAUGUAAUUAUCUAAGAAAGAAUUAUAAGAAACACAUAUUAUAUUGACAACACCAGAAAAAUGGGAUGUUAUUACUAGAAAAACGAAUUAAAUUAGUGAAUAAUUAAAAUUAUUAAUUAUUGAUGAAGUUCAUUUACUUAAUGAUGAAAGAGGUCCAAUAUUAGAAUGUGUAGUUGCUCGUACACUUUAAUAAGUAUAGAGAGCUUAAAGACAUAUCAGAUUAGUAGGUUUAUCUGCAACUCUACCAAAUUAUUGGGAUGUUGCUAUAUUUUUAGAAUGCCAUAAAGAUAGUGUGUUCUUUUUUGAUCAUACUUUCAGACCAGUACCAUUAUGUUAGAAAUUCAUAGGAUGUAAAGAACCUGUAUAAGCACCUGCUAAGGGAUAAAGAAGAAGAACUAAAAGAGAUAUCCAAAAUGAGUAAGCUUAUGAAUUAAUGAGUGAAGUUGUUAAACAUAAUAAAUAAGUACUUAUAUUUGUACAUUCUCGUAAAGAGACUGUUAAUUAUGCUAAAUGGAUAUAAGAAAGAGCUUCUCGUCUAGGUGAUAGACAUAUUAUUGGAACCACUAAAAUUAAUUGUACUAAAAUAAAUGAUAUUGAAUUAAAAAAAUUAUUACCUUAUGGUUUGGCAUUCCAUCAUGCUGGUAUGUUAAGAGCAGAUCGUAAUUCAGUUGAAAGAUUGUUUUUAAGUGGAGAAGCAAGAGUAUUAAUAGCAACAGCCACUUUAGCUUGGGGUGUUAACUUACCUGCCUUUGCUGUUAUUAUAAAAGGAACAGAUAUAUUUGAUGUUACUAGAGCAGAUAUGUAGAAUUUAUGUGUAUUGGAUGUUUAAUAAAUGUUUGGUAGAGCAGGUAGACCUUAGUUUGAUGAUAAAGGAGAAGCAACUUUAAUAACUGAUUUUAAUAAUGUUGGUCAUUAUAUGGGUAUGUUAAAUAAUGCCAGUUAUAUUGAAAGCAAAUUAUUAACAUUUUUAAGAGAAGCAUUAAAUGCAGAAAUAGUUUUAGGAAAUAUUACUAAUUAUACUGAAGCUUAUAAUUGGAUGUGUCAUACAUUUUUAAGUAUUAGAUUAAGAAGAAAUCCAAUACAUUAUGGUGUUUAAAGAGCAUAUGAUGAUUUAGAAUUAGAUUGUGAUACAUUAGUUUAAGAAAAGAUUGAGUCUGCUUUAAAAUAGUUGGAUUCAUUAAAAUUAGUGAGAUAUGAUACAAGAAAUCAUCUAGUUACAUCUACAGAUUUAGGUAGAAUUGCUUCACAUUAUUAUAUUAAAUGUGAAACAAUGAAGAUUUUGUGUGAUGAAAUGGGUUUGUCAUUUGAUUAAUAGGAGAAAUAAAAAUUUAAUGAUAAGAAUUAAUAUUAAUUACUUAAGAUUAUAGCUAAGGCCAAAGAAUUUGAGAUGAUUCGUGUAAGACCAGAAGAAACUAAAGAAUUAUAGAAGAUUUAUGAUGAAGGUUGGGCAUUUGAUGAAGAACCUGAUAUCAGAAGUGAUUCAUUUGAUAAUCCUGAAGGUGUUAUUGAAACUUAAGAGAAAGUUAUUGCACUUAUAAGUGGAUAUCUUGCAAAAAUGAAUUUUGAAAAUUAUGCAUUAAUAAUGGAUACAAAUAUUAUUAUUUAAAAUACUAUUAGAUUAUUGAGAUGUAUGUUAGAUAUGGCAAUAAAAAAAAAUUAAGCAUGUAUGGCACUAGAAUUAUUGAAAUUGUGUAAGAUGAUUGAAAAUAGAAUGUGUCCUAGAUAGAAUCCACUUUUUUAAUUUAGUAAAGAAAGCUUUUCAGGAUGUAAUACUAGAAAAAUAAUGAAAUCUAAAGAUGCUUAUAUGCCUAGAGCAUGGAUAGGUGCUAUGGCUGAAUGUAGUUUAGAUGCUUAUUAAAUGAAGAAUGAAGAUGAUGCAGUUUUGGCUAAAUAUUUAUCAAUACCUUAGAAUUUAGUAUCUUAAUUUAAGGCUUAUGUUAAUUUUUUACCUGAUUUGGAUAUUGAAUAUAAAGUUAAACCAAUAUCCUAAACUAUAUUGUAAUUAGUAGUUUUAAUAACCCCUUAAUUUGUAUUCAGUAGUAAAUGGCAUUUAAAAAAUGAGCCUUUUUGGAUAUUUGCUUAUGAUGCUGAAGAAUUACUUCAUUCAGAAGAGUUUUUAAUGGAUAUGGAUACUAUUAUUAAAAAAAAUACAAUGUAAUUAUCAUUUUAUGUUCCAUUUAAUUCAAAAUGCAAGAAUUAUUAUCUAACAAUUCAAAGUGAUCGAUGGGUAAUGUUAGAUGAAGAAUAGACUACAAUUUAAAUUGAUCUAUCAAAUGCAUUUAUGUAAGAUGAUUAGAUAGAUUUUACUGAAUUAUUAGAUUUAUAACCUUUACCAAUUAGUGCAUUAAACAAUAUUGAAUUCGAACAAUUAUACCAGUAAUAUAAAUAUUUUAAUCCUAUAUAAACAUAAGUUUUCUUCGGACUCUAUAAUACAGAUGAUAAUAUAUUAAUUGGAGCACCUACUGGUUCAGGUAAAACAAUAAUGGCAGAAUUUGCAAUGUUAAGAGUGUUUAAAUAAUCACCAUAAUUCAAGGUUGUUUACAUAGCACCAUUAAAGGCAAUUGCAAAAGAGAGAUUAAAAGAUUGGACUAAGAGAUUAAAGGAUAUCAAUAAAACUGUACUUGAAUUAACAGGAGAUUAUACUCCUGAUUUAUAAGCACUAUUAAAGGCUCAUGUUUUAAUUACAACACCAGAAAAAUGGGAUGGUAUUAGUAGAAGUUGGAAUAAUAGAGAAUAUGUAAGAUAGACAUGUCUUUUAAUUUUUGAUGAAAUACAUUUACUUGGAUAAGAUAGAGGUUAAGUCUUAGAAGUUAUAGUUAGUAGAAUGAAUUCAUUAAGUUAUGACACUAAUAAAAAAACUAGAAUGAUAGGAUUAUCAACAGCGAUGGCUAAUGGAUUAGAUGUGAGUAAUUGGUUUGGAGUUAAGAAGGGUAGAUUUUAUAAUUUUAAACCUUCUUGCAGACCUGUUCCUGUAACUAUUCAUUUUAAUGGAUUUCCAGAAAGAGCUUAUUGUCCAAGAAUGGCUACUAUGAAUAAACCAGCUUAUUAAGAUAUUAAAAGAUAUAGUGAUGGAAAACCAACUAUUAUUUUUGUAUCCUCUCGUAGACAAACUCGUUUAACAGCUUUGGAUAUUAUAGCUUUAGCAAUGUAAGAAGGAAAUGAAAAAUAAUAUAUUUAAACAACUGAAUAAGAAUUAGCAUAAUUAUGUGUAAAAGUUGAUGAUACAUAAUUAAAAUCAGUUUUACAAUAUGGAAUUGGAAUUCAUCAUUCAGGAUUAGAUAAAAAUGAUAGAAAUAUAGUUGAAAAUCUAUUUGUUUAAGGAAAAAUUCAAUUAUUAAUAGCUACAUCUACUUUAGCAUGGGGAGUUAACUUUCCUGCUAGAUUAGUUAUAGUUAAAGGUACUGAAUAUUUUGAUCCUAAACUUAAGAAAUAUGUAGAUUUUCCAGUUACUGAUCUAUUAUAAAUGAUAGGUAGAGCUGGUAGACCUCAAUAUGAUACAGUUGCUACUGCUUGUGUAUAUGUGGAAUAAAGUAAAAAGAAUUUCUAUCGUAAAUAUUUAAACUCCCCUUUUCCUAUUGAAUCUAGUCUUCUUUAAGGCAUUUCUGAUCAUAUUAAUGCUGAAAUCUCUUCUGGAGUUGUUAAAAAUAACUAAACAUUUAUCGAUUGGAUUACUUGGACAUAUUUCUUCAGAAGAUUAGUCAAAAAUCCUAUAUUUUAUAAUUGUCCUAGUACUAAUAGUAAAGAUAUAUAACAAUAUUUGAAUAACUUGAUUGCUGAUACUAUUAGUGAUUUAGUGACAUCAAAAUGUAUUACAUAAGAAGAGGGAUAAUAUGAAUCAACAUUUUUGGGAAAGCUAGCUGCCUUUUAUUAUCUUAAACAUACAACUUUAAAGCAUUUUGAUGAAAGAAUUUAGAAAGAGAGUAGAUUUGAAGAUUUAUUAUACACUUUAGCAUAUUCUAGUGAAUUUAAUGAAGUACCUGUUAGACAUAAUGAAGAACAUUUAAAUGAAGCCUUAUCAAAACUAUGCAAAUUAAAAUGUGAUAAAAAUAAAAUGGAUAAUCCUAAUGAAAAAGCUUAUUUAUUAAUUUAAGCUCAUAUUUUCAGAUUAAAAUGUCCUAUUAAAGAUUUUGAAACAGAUUAAAAACUCAUUCUUGACUCAUGUAUCAGAAUCAUAAGUUGCAUGAUUGAAAUAUCUUCGAAUAAAGGAUAUCUUUAAACUACUUUAAAUAUAAUAUAUAUGUUAUAAACAAUUGUUUAAGGCUUUGUGAAAAAUGAAGAAUAAAUUUUAAUGAAUUUGCCUUAUUUACACAAACUUAAACCAGAAGAAUGUAUAAAUAGAGUAAGAACUAUUAAAGAACUAUUGUAAUUUUAUAAUGUAAUUAUAUAAUUGUAAAUUUUAGCUUAGAGAAUUUGAUAUUUUCCUAUAAAAUAAUGUACCUUAAAAAGAGAAUAUUGCUGAAAUAAUGAAAGCCAUCAAUGCAUUACCUGAUAUCUAAAUAGCUUAUACUAAAACUGAAAACUAAUUAAAAGUAAAUCUUAAAAACGAAAGCAAACCUGAUAAUAAAGUUUAUAUAUAGAAGCUUAGUAAAUAAAGAGAGGCUACUUGGUGGUUAAUCUUAGGAGAUGAUGAUCGUAUUGUUUAGAUGAAAAAAGUAUAUUUGAAAAGUACUGCCAGUAAAGAUCUAGAAGUAGAUGAUUGGAAUAGAAAUUACAAAUUGUAUUUGAUGUCAGAUUCUUAUUUGGGAAUGGAUUAGAUAAUAGAUGUUAAAUGAAU